AUGUCAGAUGGGCAAACUCCGGAAUGUGAUAGCAUAUACAAUGACCCCAGCGCUUCGACUACCUUGGUCAGUAGCGAUGAAGUACACUUCAGAGUCGAUCCAUACCCAUUGAAAAAGGGAAGUACGGUAUUACGAGAUAUGUUGUCCGACCCCGACUUGACCCCCUCCCCAAUUCCCCUUGACCUCCCUUCCGAUGAGCUUCGAACACUGCUUAGCUUCCUUGACUUGGGCAAACCCAACGAUCCAACUUCGAUCGCGGGCUGGAAAAGGCUCUUGGAAACGGGGGAUAAAUUCGAUUGUCAAGGACUGAAAAUGCGAAUUCAGGAGCACGCACAGCUCAGAGCAUUCGAUAAACCUUGGGAAACCUUUUCUCUGGCGAGUCAUCUGAACGAUACGGAAUUAGCGAAACAUUCCCUCAAAUUGAUGGCCGAAGAUGUGGACGCAAGUGUGAUCCGCCUUGAAUAUAUGCCCCCAAGUCUUGCUCAACAAGCCAGUAUGCCUUAUCUUCUGGGAUUGUUCAAAGCUCUCAUGCUUGCAGAUGCACUACGCGACGGGACAUGUACAACGGUACAAGACGAACGAUCAGAUCAGUUGGAAUGA